AUGAUACUAUGGAUUGUAUGUUUAUUGAUCAAAUCAAUUGAAUCCUUUCAUUCUUUAAAUCCAUCAGAUUUAUCAUGCAAAAAACGUAUAUGCCAUAUUGUUUUCAAUCUAAUUAAAUAUUUCCAUAAUCAUUUAGGUGAUUAUCGACUAAUCACCGAUCAAUCGAGUUAUAUAAUUACAUUAGAUAAUCCAUUAUCUCGUUUAUUAACAAAAUUAUGGCGUGAACAAAUCAAUGAUCAACCUUUAAUACUUCAAUCAUCGCGAUAUUUUCUAACUUACUAUCCUUGGGCUCGAGACUUUUCUUCAAUUAUCAAUCAAUCAGAUUUCUUUUUCGAUGCAAAACCAAUAUUGAAUAAACAAAUCGAACUUAUCAUCAGAAGCAGUGAAAAAAAGCAAGAAGAAUUUUGUUCUUAUCCAGACUCACCAAUCAAAAUAGGCGUUUGUUGUGGUUUAUGUACUAUAAUUGAUACAUGUCCAGAAAUAAAAAUUCUUCAUGAACAUUCAAGAUAUGAUAUGAUUGUAACAAAUGUUGGUUUGAUUUUAACUCGAGAAUUGAUUUGUUCUCUCUUUCCAACAAAUCAAACAAAUCGUUUUUGGUCAACAAUAACAAAUUCAAUGAAUGUUGGUCAAAUACCAGAUAAGAAUGACUUGGCUAUUAUUCAACAUAGUUAUGGAACGAUUCAAGCCUUUUUCUAUUAUACAUUAUAUCCGUUUCAUGAAUGGAAUAAGCAAAUAGUAAAUUUUAAUUUUAUUGAUGUUCUAUUUAUUCCAUAUAAACAAUUCGCUAUAUUUGAAUUAAUUUAUGCAUCGAAUAACUAUGGUGCAAAACUGAUUCGAAUAUGGACAGAUGAUAUAUCCUCCAAUGAUUCAAUAAUUCUUGAUCCUAUUAUUUUUUCAGACACGGGUCAUUUAGCUUUUAUCUAUCAACGAACGAAUCAUUCUUCGUGUUGUUAUUAUUUUGGUAUUUUUUCAAAAGCAGGCCUCUAUUAUGGCUUGCGUACUCGAACAUUUCGAUCAUCCGUUCUAAUGAAGAAACCAUUUUUUUUCGAUUCAAGUGGUAGUUUUUAUUUCAAUGCUUCACCACCUCUAUUAGUUAUACAAGCUACAGAACAAUCACUUGCUGCAACACGUAAUCUUUUAGUUAACAAUGUUCCUGGUCCAUUUUUUGUACGAGAAACUGAUAUGAAUCGAUUUUUUGUGUUUUGUUCAUUGCCAGAAUGGGAUAAUCGAUUUGAACUAAUCGGUUCUACACUUCAAUUUGAGAAAGUUGGUCUAUUUUUUAUUAUAAAUAUGGAUACUACAUUUUCAAAAUUUGGCUUUUGUUUACAAACUUCUCGUCUGGAUAACAAUCUGCUUCGAACAUCUCGACAAUGUCCAUUAACUAUUCAACUCUUAGAAAACACGAGCACCAUUCAUCUAACUCUAUUAGGAUGUGUUUUUACUGCUGAAGAUCAAAAUUCCACAAUAAUAAUAUCGAAAUUUCCAAAUAUUUUUAUUGAUCGCAUUUUUAACGAUACAUUUGCAGCUGGCAGAAUUUUUCAAGAGAGCCAACUAAAUUAUACACGUGUUAAUCAAUGGAAUAUAAUUCACAUAGCAAUAGUCGAGCAAAUAUUAGAUCGAUGUUUGUUAACAAAUAUCGAUGCAAACUAUCAUCGUCCAUCAUUUAUGCACAUUCAACCAGCUAUAACUUAUCCAAUUGUUAAUGGCGAUCAACUUGUUACGGAGAAUUUCUAUUUUUUAAUUCAAAAUGGUUAUGUAUUCUACAAAAAUAAAAUGGAUAAUAAGUUAUAUUUAAUGACUUCAUUAUUUAAUCAUAGAAAAUCAAUAAUUCAUCAAGAUUUUAUUCGUAGUCAAUUAUCUUGUUAUUUACCAUCUAUGCGAACAAUCACUUUCGUAACAAAAUGUUUGACAAAUACAAUAAUUCGACCUAAAUUUGAAAUAAACUUUGAAAUAGCGAAAUUGGUUCCUAUUGAAUCGCCAAUUGAUUUUCAAUUGAAUCGAUAUCAAGCUGGAUUUCAUUCAGUUAUUGUUUAUAAUAUCGAUCAGGAAAAAAAUUUGAUUUGUGAUGGAUUUAAAAAUUGCUCAUGUAUUUCAUCGUUGAUCUCUCAUCAUUCGAUACAUUGUGCUCAACAAUUUUAUACUAUAGAUUUAACAAUUAACAAUCGCAUUUAUAUGGAAUUAUGGAUGGAAAAUGCCAUCUCUUAUUUAGCAAAUAAUAACAGUAUAUUCUUAAUUGAAGAAGUAUCGAAUCGUACAGAUUAUAAAUUAAUUGAAAAUUCAUGGACGAUGAAAAUGAAAGAAAAAAUGAUUGAUUUAUUUGCAAAAGAUUUCGAUCAUUUAACAGAUAGUGAAAUUCGUAUAUUUGAGUUAUUGAAUAAAUCAUUACCAAAUGGAAAAUUUAUUUUUCUUGGACCAAGUCUUAAAUUAGAAUUCAUGGACGAAGGUCUUUACCAUCUACGUCUAACUUAUUUAUGGGGUGAUCAAUUUUGUUUAACAAGUGUUGAUCUUUUACUAUUGAUGAUAAGUAAUACAGCAACAUUGACAAGUUAUACAUUUACUUAUUUUCUUGCUUGUAUAUUUAUAUUAAUCUUAAUGGUAAUUUUAUGGAUAAUCAAUAUCAUAUUUUAUGAAAAAAUCUAUAAGAAAUACUGGAGAUAUUUUUUUCAAAUUAAAAAAGAAACUUUUUUUACACCAAGAUCAACCAAUGAUCAUAUUAAUUUUAAAAUGUUAGUUAAAAUUCGUGAACAAUCACAAAAAUUAUUACCUUAUAAAUAUCUUAUUUCGGAAAGAAAUAAUUUCAAAAAAAUAACUAUUAAAUAG